AAAUCCAAAACAAACAAACAAGGCAGAACCAACCUCUACUUCAAAGCAGCCGGCACAAGCCACCCGUGUCUGCCACCCAGAGAGGGGGGUCUCUGGCCCGUGCUGGAGGAGUUGCAGGGGGGAUCGUCAGGGGGACAGAGGCCGAGUGACGUCCUAGGAGCCACCGGGCAAGAGGCGGAGGAGACCCAGAGAGGCCAGAGAGACAGCGGGCCCCGGCGCGCGGCUCGGGGCUGGGGCGCCAGCAGUGGGACUGGAGCGAAGUAGAGGAUGCCGAGGAGAAAACAGCAGGCACCCAAGCGGGCGGCAGGCUACGCCCAGGAGGAACAGCUGAAAGAAGAGGAGGAAAUAAAAGAAGAAGAGGAGGAAGAGGACAGUGGUUCAGUAGCUCCACUGCAGGGUGGCAAUGACACGGGGACAGACGAGGAGCUAGAAACCGGCCCAGAGCAGAAAGGCUGCUUCAGCUACCAGAACUCUCCAGGAAGUCAUUUGUCCAAUCAGGAUGCCGAGAACGAGUCUCUGCUGAGCGACGCCAGUGAUCAGGUGUCGGACAUCAAGAGCGUCUGCGGCCGAGAUGCCUCGGACAAGAAAAGCAACACUCACGUCAGGAUUCCGAACGAAACACACAACUGCAUGGACAAAAUGACGGCGGUCUACGCCAACAUCCUGUCUGAUUCCUAUUGGUCGGGCCUGGGCCUCGGCUUCAAGCUGUCCAAUAGCGAGAGGCGGCACUGUGACACCCGGAAUGGCAGCAACAAGAGCGAUUUUGAUUGGCACCAAGACGCUCUGUCCAAAAGCCUGCAGCAGAACUUGCCGGCCAGGUCCGUCUCGAAACCCAGUCUGUUCAGCUCGGUGCAGCUGUACCGGCAGAGCAGCAAGAUGUGCGGGACUGUGUUCACCGGGGCCAGCCGGUUCCGAUGCCGGCAGUGCAGCGCCGCCUAUGACACCCUCGUGGAGCUGACCGUGCACAUGAACGAAACGGGCCACUACCAAGAUGACAACCGCAAGAAGGACAAGCUCAGACCUGCGAGCUAUUCAAAGCCCCGGAAGAGGGCUUUCCAGGAUAUGGACAAGGAGGAUGCUCAGAAGGUUCUGAAAUGUAUGUUCUGUGGCGACUCCUUCGAUUCCCUCCAAGAUUUGAGUGUCCACAUGAUUAAAACAAAACAUUACCAAAAAGUGCCUUUGAAGGAGCCAGUCCCAACCAUUUCCUCGAAAAUGGUCACCCCGGCAAAGAAGCGCGUUUUCGAUGUCAAUCGGCCGUGUUCCCCCGAUUCGACCACGGGAUCUUUUGCAGAUUCUUUUUCUUCCCAGAAGAACGCCAACUUGCAGUUGUCCUCCAACAACCGCUAUGGCUACCAGAAUGGAGCCAGCUACACCUGGCAGUUUGAGGCCUGCAAGUCCCAGAUCUUAAAGUGCAUGGAGUGUGGGAGCUCCCAUGAUACCUUGCAGCAGCUCACCACCCACAUGAUGGUCACAGGUCACUUUCUCAAGGUCACCAGCUCUGCCUCCAAGAAAGGGAAGCAGCUGGUGUUAGACCCACUGGCUGUGGAGAAAAUGCAGUCGUUGUCCGAGGCCCCAAACAGUGAUUCUCUGGCUCCCAAGCCAUCCAGUAACUCAGCAGCAGACUGUACAGCCUCUACCACUGAGUUAAAGAAAGAGAGUAAAAAAGAAAGGCCAGAGGAAAUCAGCAAGGAUGAGAAAGUCGUGAAAAGUGAGGACUAUGAAGAUCCUCUACAAAAGCCUUUAGACCCUACAAUCAAAUAUCAAUAUCUAAGGGAGGAGGACUUGGAAGAUGGCUCAAAGGGUGGAGGGGACAUUUUGAAAUCUUUGGAAAAUACUGUCACCACAGCCAUCAACAAAGCCCAAAACGGGGCCCCCAGCUGGAGUGCCUACCCCAGCAUCCACGCAGCCUAUCAGCUGUCCGAGGGCACUAAGCCACCUUUGCCUAUGGGAUCCCAGGUACUGCAGAUCCGGCCUAAUCUCACCAACAAGCUGAGGCCCAUUGCACCAAAGUGGAAAGUGAUGCCACUCAUUUCUGUGCCCACAAACCUGGCCCCUUACACUCAAGUUAAGAAGGAGUCAGAAGACAAAGAUGAAGUCGUGAAGGAGUGUGGGAAAGAAAGUCCCCAUGAAGAGGCCUCAUCUUUCAGCCACAGUGAAGGCGAUUCUUUCCGUAAAAGCGAAACGCCCCCAGAAGCCAGAAAGACCGAGCUGGGUCCCCUGAAAGAGGAGGACAAGCUGAUGAAAGAGGGCAACGAGAAGGAGAAACCCCAGCCGCUGGAGCCCACUUCUGCUCUGAGCAACGGGUGCGCCCUUGCCAACCACGCCCCGGCCCUGCCAUGCAUCAACCCACUCAGCGCCCUGCAGUCUGUCCUGAACAAUCACCUGGGCAAAGCCACAGAGCCCUUACGCUCACCUUCCUGCUCCAGCCCAAGUUCAAGCACAAUUUCCAUGUUCCACAAGUCGAAUCUCGGUGUCAUGGACAAGCCUGUCUUGAGUCCCACCUCCUCAAGGCCAGCCGGUGUGUCCAGACGCUACCUGUUUGAGAACAACGAUCAGCCCAUUGACCUGACCAAGUCCAAAAGCAAGAAAGCCGAGUCCUCGCAAGCACAAUCCUGUACAUCCCCGCCUCAGAAGCACGCUCUGUCUGACAUCGCAGACAUGGUCAAAGUCCUCCCCAAAGCCACCACCCCAAAGCCCGCCACAUCCUCCAGGGUCCCUCCCAUGAAGCUGGAAAUGGAUGUCAGGCGCUUUGAGGAUGUCUCCAGUGAAGUCUCGACUUUGCAUAAAAGAAAAGGCCGGCAGUCCAACUGGAAUCCUCAGCAUCUUCUGAUUUUACAAGCUCAGUUUGCCUCGAGCCUCUUCCAGACAUCAGAGGGCAAAUACCUGCUGUCCGAUCUGGGCCCUCAAGAGCGUAUGCAAAUCUCGAAGUUUACGGGACUUUCAAUGACCACUAUCAGUCACUGGCUGGCCAACGUCAAGUACCAGCUUAGGAAAACGGGCGGGACAAAAUUUCUGAAAAACAUGGACAAAGGCCACCCCAUCUUUUAUUGCAGUGACUGUGCCUCCCAGUUCAGAACCCCUUCUACCUACAUCAGUCACUUAGAAUCUCACCUGGGUUUCCAAAUGAAGGACAUGACCCGCUUGUCGGUGGACCAGCAAAGCAAGGUGGAGCAAGAGAUCUCCCGGGUAUCGUCGGCUCAGAGGUCUCCGGAAACAAUAGCUGGUGAAGAGGAUACAGACUCUAAAUUCAAGUGUAAGUUGUGCUGUCGGACAUUUGUGAGCAAACAUGCAGUAAAACUCCACCUAAGCAAAACGCACAGCAAGUCACCCGAACACCAUUCACAGUUUGUAACAGACGUGGAUGAAGAAUAGCUCUGCAGGACGAAUGCCUUAGUCCCCACUUUCCAGCCUGGAUCCCCUCACACUGAACCCUUCUCCGUUGCACCAUUCUGCUUCUGACAUUGAACUCAUUGAACUCCUCCUGACACCCUGGCUCCAAGAAGACUGCCAAAAAAUAAAAAAUCACCCCAGCCAUUUCUCUUCAUCCUCACUAACAAUUUGGUAAUGAAGUAUUGAUUUCCACUUCUCUGCUUAUGGGCGAUAUUAGAUUUUCAUUGAUAAACUGCAAUGGGUCUGUCUCGUCUCUACAAGGACCCUUUUCACUGUCACAAGAGAACAAAGUGCCACCGAAGAAAAGUAAUGACUGAGAACAUUGCUGUACUUAUUUUGUCAGUUUGUAACAGGAAAGUGGGUACGAGGGGGAGUAUAAGUCUUCAUAGUUUAAUGUCCACGUGGGCUGCACUCAAGGUAGACAUUUGGAGGCUUACUUUUCAUGGUAAUGUCCAUUUCCUAUUUAUAACCCCUCUGGGAACGUUUGUCUAAAGGAAAUGUUUCUGUUCAGUGUAACAAUUACGGUUGCACCUGGAUUGCCCAGUCCUGCCCCUGCACUAGGGGGCCAUUAAUCACUACAAAGUAGAAGAAUUAUUAAGUUAAACCAGAGUUUGAGCCAAGAAAACCCCUGAACAAUGUUCAUCUUCUGUGAAACUUGUUCAAAUAGUUAAGCUUAACCAUGUUGCUGCCAAAGACUGUUCCCAUGCAGUGGUGAGCACCUUGAUCAUCAUCAUUAUCUUGAUUGGUUAAAAAAAAAAAAAAAGUUUCAAGCACGCACCACUGUCGUAUGAGAACUGCAAAUUGGGAGAAUUGGUGAAGUGCAGAAUCUGAGAGAACGUGAGAUGACAUCAUUGCAGGGUGGACAGUUCCACACAGCCUUUUCUGGGAAUCCUUUUCGGAGGACUAUUUGCGGGCUGUAAAACGCCACUUAGCUUUAGAAGCAACAGAAAGCAUGAAAUAGGGUGUCCAUUUUAAAUGUGUUCCCGCAACUUUUUUCAUUAAAACUUUGAGGGCCCGAUUUUAAUUUGUGGAAUAUUCCCGUUAAUAAUGAGAUCUAAUUAAGACAUCCAUUAAAAGCCCGUUAAAGUUAAUUUAACGUAAAAAUUCCAAUAGAACUGUAUUAGAUUUUCUCCAUUAAAUUAACAUUAUGGAUUUUUAACGGAUGUCUUAAUUAUACGUUAUUAUUAACGGGAAUACUGUAUUACACAGAUUAAAAUCAGGUCCUAAGUCAACUUGGAAAAGCUAAGAGCAUGUUUUAAUACUGAAAGUCUUGCAUACCUAGUGCACAGUUUGGAGACGCAAGGAUGGAUCUGUUUACUCUGGUUGAACAUUUUCUAUACAAUUGAAAGCAACCUAUAAUAGAUAAAUCCAUCAUUGCAUUUAAACAAUGAAUUUCCUUAUUCUCACAGGACAAGUAAGUCUGGAUUAUGUGGUAAAUUGCUACUCCACUAUGGUGAAAUAUUUAUACUAUUCUAGGCACAACACUAGGAACCAGAUGAUUCUGAAACAAAAGAAUAUUUUCUCUUGUUGCUUUAAUUACCAAGGUUAUUUUUUAAAAAACUCAACACUGACAAAAUGAAGCCAAAUAUCUCUUCCUCACAAUUUCUCGAGGAGGCUGCCUGUUGGAAUUGUUUUGGAAAUUUUGACAUGAUCCCUAAAUUCAACAUUGGGAUUAAAAAAAAACUUCUUAUUUACCUCCUAGGGAAAGUGUUGCCCUUAUGCCACAUAUAAUAGCAAAUUGCUUUUUUUAUGGCAUGCAUAACCUAGAUGGGAAAAAAUAUGGCGCUUCGGGGAAGGAGGGAAAAAGUAAAUGAAGUUCCAGGAAUGUCAUUCUGAAGUAAUGAGGCAUGGACAGAAAAUAUACCCCUCACAUCAUCGGAUUGAGAUGGCAGUCGAAAUAGCUUCAUUGAAGUGUCAGCACUCAUCCAUCAAUCAAUCACCCACAAGGAAAAAUAGCAACAGUACAACGGGGCGGCUUUUAUGGGAUUUACUCAUGGGCAUAGGGAAUAGCGGCUCAAAUGUAGUUCUGACAUGAAAAGCAAGGUGCUGAUAUUAUUUUUUAUGAUGGGAGGAUCAUAAAGUGAAUUGAGAACAGCGAGGUCUGUCUUUGCUUAACCUAUUCAACCAGAAAUGAAUGGAGCUCGACUGGAAAGGAACAGUCUUCGGAUGGGUUAAGAUUGAAGGGUGGACUGGACUCUACUGAGCACCGUCCUUCAAAAAGGAAAUUCUAUUAAAGGAAAAUCAAUGCAUUAUUAUUGGGGUUCUUGAAGCUGUUUAAAACUGCCUGCUCCAAUCCAGGGUUAUUAGGCCAAAGUUACAUAAUUCAGAUUCCACCGCAACCAUCCAAAGUGGAUUCUUGAGCCCUUGCCCCAACAGGGGGUGGGGGGAUUAAUACAAUUCCCAGCUCCAUGGAAAUUGUUUCCCUUCUAAGAAUGAAAAAAAUAAACCAUCUGCUUCAACAUAUAAUCGAUAUAGUUUGUUAGCGCAAUUUCUAUGGUGGGGUGGGGUGGGAGGUGAGAGACGAAAAUAUUGAUAAAUUUGGUAAGGCUCAUGAAUUGCCGCCUGGCAACCAUGUAUGUCACUACUGAGGGAAGGCUGCUCAUGUUCACCUUAAAAAACAAGAUCUGGGCUGGCACUGGGGCAUACACUUGGCUCUCAGCAUAUGCCUAGAGGCCAGGUCUGUCUUCGUUCAGCCAGCCCUCUGAGGCUUCUAGAAACUUCUUUCUGGAGGUAAAAACUAAAUAACGUGAACUCAGAAGAAUGUCUUUAUCCACCUUCAUACCACUGCUCUCCUCUCCCUGAAUGAAACACAGUUCUGAUAAGUUAGAACUUUAAAAUUGGAAAGGAGGAUGACAUGCAAAUAUAAUGCAAAUUACCCUCAAGUAUCUCCAUUCUGCCACCACCUCUUGGUACCAGCGAGAGCAAGAGAUUGCCUUUCCUUCCCCAUCCCUCCUUCCAGCUAAGACCACCAACCAGCGGCAAAUUGAAAUGUCCAUUUAAAAAUGCAUAUGUCAAUAUUUAAAUGUUAUGUAUUUGGCCUUAUUUUGUAGUUGAGCAAAUCCUCCAGAUACACAGCAUGUUGCAAAGCACUGGUGGCACAGGGCACCACAGGAAAUUAUAUUUAUUUAGCAAAUUCAUUUAACAAAUAUUAUUAGGCACCUAUUAUGUGUGACACUCUCCUAGGCACCGUGGGAUACAACAGUAAACACUUCACACAACAGCCUGGCCUUCCUGAUGUUUUGCAACAGCUCCUAAAGAGAGCUGACAGCAAGACAUUCAAGGGGCAGAGUUCAUGUAGAAUCAAAAUAUUAGUAUUUCAGAAUAAGGAUUAUUUUUCUGAAAAGCAUACAGAGAGGAAAUAGCUUAAAAAUAGGUCAAGACCUAAAAACAGAAUAUAAUCAUAGAAUAAAUGGGAUAGCCCAGACAGUCCCCACAGAAUUUCUUUCAGGUCACAGAUUUCUUAAAACUCACCCCCAAAAUGUGCCUGCUUGGUUGUCUGAAUCUUGCAUAAUUAAUGUCACAGGCGCAAGCCACUGAACUUAACUGAAAUGCAGAAAACAAACAAAUGCAAUUACAUAUCUAAGAAGCAUUUAUGUAACUGGUUAAGUGGUGAGGAGGGGUGUGUGAAGACAGUCUGCAUGCAUGUGUGUGUGUAUUCAUAUACAUGUGUAUACAUAUGAAUUUCACUGUUAUUUUCCAGGGUCUCUGGACAAUGUGGCAGUUAAGAGUCUAUGAUGUUCUGAAACUUUUCACAGUAAAUCCAAAGAUUACAGGCCUUA